GCCCCCUCUGCGCCGGCCUCUGCGGCUGCGCGCUGGCGGGGCUGAGGCCGAGGGGUGGGGGUCGCGCCGGGGGCCAGGGGAGCUCCUGUGGCGGUAGCAGCGGUAGCGGGAGACGGAGCGAGCCCAGAGGCCGCGGGCAGACCCGGAGAGAACGGAGGAAGCGGUCAUGUCUCGCUACACGAGGCCCCCCAACACCUCCCUGUUCAUCAGGAACGUCGCGGACGCCACCAGAAGAUCUAAAGCAGUCCACAGUAGCUGGCAAGCACCCCCCAGUUUGAACCAACCUGUUAGCUAGAAUCCAAGCAUAAACCCAGCAGGCGAGACAAAAGGCACCUAAAGUUCAAGCAUCAAGGAGUAAAGAGGGAGGGUGGACACAGAUAUAAAGACCUGGAAGAGGGGAAGUCUUUAUCAAGCAAAAGACAAAGCCAACACCAGGUUGAGACUUCGGCUUUCCUACAUUUACUCAGAGUUCCAGAGUCAAAGCCAAGUCUGAUUUUGUUGGUUCUGCGUCUCUUAUAAAGUCCAUCUUGCAAGCCUUAAAGAGUAAAGGUCAAGGUUCAAGAUCAAGUGACAUUGAGAAUAAAGGCUUCUGCAUGCUGAUAUUCAGUGAAAAACCUGAUGGAUCCUUUAUCUGAAAGAAGGGAUGUCCUUAACAGCUAGUCAUAUUUGAAGAUGUUCGAGAUGCUGAAGAUGCUCUUUAUAACCUCAAUAGAAAGUGGGUAUGUGGCCGUCAGAUUGAAAUACAGUUUGCGCAAGGUGAUCGCAAAACACCAGGCCAAAUGAAAUCAAAAGAACGUCAUCCUUGUUCUCCAAGUGAUCACAGGAGAUCAAGAAGCCCCAGCCAAAGAAGAACUCGAAGUAGAAGUUCUUCAUGGGGAAGAAAUAGGAGGCGGUCAGACAGCCUUAAAGAGUCUCGACACAGGCGAUUUUCUUACAGCCAGUCUAAAUCUCGUUCCAAAUCAUUACCAAGGCGGUCUACCUCAGCAAGGCAGUCAAGAACUCCAAGAAGGAAUUUUGGCUCUAGAGGACGGUCAAGGUCCAAGUCCUUACAAAAGAGGUCCAAGUCAAUCGGAAAAUCACAGUCAAGUUCACCUCAAAAGCAGACUAGCUCAGGAACAAAAUCAAGAUCACAUGGAAGACAUUCUGACUCAAUAGCAAGAUCCCCGUGUAAAUCUCCCAAAGGGUAUACCAAUUCUGAAACUAAAGUACAAACAGCAAAGCAUUCUCAUUUUCGGUCACAUUCCAGAUCUCGAAGUUACCGUCAUAAAAACAGUUGGUGAACAGCAACAGAAAGAGCACUACGCAGUCUUUAAUAUAAGUUAUUAAACUCUCAUUAUGUUAAAUAAAAAUUCUUUAAGGCGUACAGAAAAUGCGAGUUGAUAUUAGUUACUUUGGGCAUAUGGAACAAAUAAAAUCUCUAGCUUUGGAUUAAUACAAAUUUGGUCUCCAUUUAAAGGGCCCACACUACAAAUUAUGAUUUGUCUGAUGUCACCAUUUUAUGGACCAUUUUUUAUUUACAUUGUGGUAGAAGGGUACUUUUCAAGGGAAAUGAGUAAACUGGAACUAAUUUUUAAAAUUCUACUUGCAUAGUAUUAGUACUAUUAAUAAUACCUUUUACACAAAUAUUUUUGACUUUAAAGCACUUUCAUGUAAAAAGUAACUAUGACUGUAUAAUUGCAUAGAGCAGACUUAAGCUGUUUGACACCUAUGUCUCUUUUGUGUCUUCUGUUUAAACUUGGGCCAAUUCCUGGUGGAUGUUAGUUCAUAUUACAAAAUUCUGAUGUUCCAAAAAGUAGAAUUUAUAUAGAGAUCAAACAUUCAAAAGAUACAUUCUCUCCUAAGCUCAAAGGUUAUAUUUUUAUUGGGUAGAACAGUAUAGGUAAGUUAACGUGAAAUUGCAUCCUGCACCAUGUCCACAUUAGUAAUAUCAGAACUUUUGAGAAAUACUGGAUUUUGAAUGGUUUGAGACUAAUUCUUUAAAAAUUAGGCUGAGCAACACUCACAGUCCAAAAAUAUUCAUAUUAAGAUUUACACAUUUGAAGAAUGGUACAUUUUGUAUAAAAUCAUAUUUGAUACCAUUAUUUCCACAUACCUACUUUUCAUCUGUUGCUUAAUUUUUUCUUUUUAGAGUUCUUGCUCAACUUUAUAUAGAAUAAGUCUUAUUAUUUUUGAAAGAGUGUUUAGUACCUUGUAUUAAGAAACUUGGCCAAGCGUGGUGGUUCACUCUUGUAAUCCCAGCACUUUGGGAGGUCGAGGCGGGCGGGUUGCUUGAGGCCAGGAGAUUGAGACCAGCCUGGGCAACAUGGUGAAACCCUGUCUCUAAAAUUUAAAAAAAAGAAGAAGAAGAAACUCAAGACUACAUCUUCAAAAAACAACUUUGCAGUAUUUGAAUUUUACAUUAUACUGCCCUUCAUUUCUGACAGCCAAAUAACUUUAUUGAUAUUUAUUGCUUUUGUAGUUGUUAUAACUAAUAAUUUCUUUGAAAAUGUGUUGUAGUUUAUGUUUUUCAAAGGGUUUUGGUAGUGUUUGUGAUAGAAUCGUUUUGCAUAUGAUUAUUAUAGGGGAUAUAUUUAUAGAGCUCUACUUGUAUACUUUGUGACUUAUAUUAUGAAAACUUCUAAGUUCUCAACCCAUACAGUUAGUAUUUGUAUCCAGAGUGUUUAAGAAAAAAAUCUGUCUUAUAUUUUUAGUAUAUAGGAGCCAGUGUUGCUUCUAUUUGUUUUGAAUACAAAUUCCAGUUUUCUUUGCAUAUUAGAUCCCAUAUGUAAGAAACAACCUUACACAAUAAUUUGUAUGCUGGUAAUAUUUGGACAAGUGCCAUAAAUUAAUGUAUAUUGUACUUUCUGAAUAGAUUUUCUCUAAUCAUAGCAAAAUUUAUUUCAAAACUACAACUGUUUGAACUAUUCUGCUAUAAUAAAAUUUAGUUAUAAAAUGAUGUGGCACUACUGAAAAUCUAAAGGAUAAUCUGAAGAAUGAGUAAGACAGAUAUUGAUAGUAAUUUUUAGUAUUUUCAAAAUGUUUGGGUUCAUACACAUAAGUGAAAUCAUUUUAAAAACUAGGGGCUGGGCACAGUGGCUCACACCAGUAAUCUUAGCAGUUUGGGAGGCCAAGACAGGAGGAUUGCUUGAGCCCAGGAGUUUGAGACCAGCCUGGGCAACGUAGCAAGACCCCUUUAUCUAUAAAAAUAAUGAUAACUAGGUACCAUUGUGAAAAAUAAUAACUAGGGAUUGAUUAUAGUAUCUUUACUCUGUAUUCACAAAUUGGUCUCUAUAUUCCUGAACAUAUUUAAUCCUUUGAUUUACCUCUGACUAGGUUUGUCAUUGUAAUCCCUAGGCUGCUUAGGAGGAUACCAUUUGGUUUGAUGAAAAAGCUGGAAUGAUAAUAGCUCAAACUCUUUUGAGCAUUUAGUACAUGCUUGGCACUGUUCUAUAUGUUUUAAGUUAUUCACUCAUGUAUUUAACCAUCAACACUCUUAGGAGGUAAAUAUCCCGCAAUUACUUUUGCACCAACCUAGUACCACUGCAGACAAGGAAACAGAUGGCAGAGAGGCUAAGUUACAAGGGCACACAGCCAUAAACUUUGGAUCUGUAGAGUGACUGGGCUUCAGAGUCCUCUUCCUGACUGCUGUUCCCAUGUCUUUUGCAAAGAGAAGUCUUUGACAGGUAUAUGCUUUAUUAAAAUCAUCUUUAGAAAUGAGAGAAUAGAAAUUAGAAAAUGACUGUAGGCUUUGAUGAAAAUGACUUGUGACUAGGUGAAAAUUGUUUGGCUGGGUAUCCUGGAAAAUGGUCUUCUGGGAAUAUCUAUAUUCUAGGGUUCAGUUUUGUCAUAGAAUUGUUGCUUGGCCCAUUUAAGAGAGAUACUUUAAGUUGUUUAUUAAUAAAUCAAAUGUUUUAAUUUUA